UCUUCAUACAAGAAAAGCGAGUUAUUCAUCUCGGUAGCUUUCUAGCCAACAUAGCAGAUGUUUAAAUGCUUUCGUUGUAUAUUAGCGACUGUGUUUUAAACACACUUGUCGUAUCUACUAGCUAGUUACACCAUUUCAUUAAAUAUUUACGUUGUUGUUAGUCAGCUAGCUAGCUGGGUAAAUUAGCAGUAGUGCUAGUCUAGUCACUAAUGCUAACUAGCUAUCUAGCUAACAUCCCAACCAUGAGCUCAGUAAACGACUCCCCACCUUCUGAAGAGGGGGUCUGCUGGACGGAGAAAGAAACUCUGGGGCUGAACAUUGUCGUGAAAGAGGAGAAGGAAGAAGAGGAUGUCACAGUAAAAACAGAAACAGAGGUUGAGGCUGUUACAGUGAAAGAAGAAGAGAAAGAGGUUAAAUUGACAGAAGAGGAAGACGCGUUCAGAGUGAAAGAGGAGGAGGAUGUUACAGUAAAAGAAGAGGAGGAAGAGAAAGAGGAGAUGACUGUCACAAUGAAAGAAGAGGAAGACGUUUUUGGAAUGAAGGAAGUGGGGGAGAUUACUGUCACAUUAGAAGAAGAAGAAGAGGAGACGGGAGAUCUGAUUAACAACAGAGAGAGACCAGUCUGUCACUCUGACAGCAGUAAGAGUCCUUCAGAGGAACCAGACCCAGAGACUCCCAAACCAGUGAGACGACUCAACUGCUCCCAGUGUAAUAAGAGUUUCAAGUUGUCAUUGAACCUAAAAAAGCAUGAGAGAAAACACACAGGAGGAAAACCUUUCCACUGCUCCCAGUGUGGAAAGAGAUUUUCACGAUCACAGAACCUAAAAAAACAUAGUAGAAUACACACAGGAGAAAAGCCUUACCACUGUUCCCAUUGUGGAAAGAAUUUUAGGUUGUUGGAUAAGCUGAAGGAGCAUGAGAGGACGCACACAGGGGAGAAACUGUACCAUUGCUCCGUGUGUGGAAAAGGUUUUGCCCAGUUAGCUUACCGAAAAGAGCAUGAAAGGAAACACACAGAAGAAAAGCCUUUCCAAUGUUCCCAUUGUGGAAAGAGAUUUUCCCGAUCACAGAACCUAAAAAUGCAUCAGAGGACACACACAGGGGAGAAAACGUAUCUCUGUUCCCAGUGUGGAAAGUGUUUUACUCAUUUAUGGAGCCUGAACAAACACAAUAGAAUGCACACAGGAGAAAAAUCUUACCACUGUUCCCAUUGUGGACAGAGUUUUAGGUUGUUAGGGAACCUAAAAGAGCAUGAAAGGAAACACACAGGCGAAAAGCCUUUCCAAUGUUCCCAUUGUGGAAAGAGAUUUACACGAGCACAGCAACUAAAAUCACAUGAGAGGACACACACAGGGGAGAAACCAUACCACUGCUCCCAGUGUGAAAAAAGUUUUACGCAGUUAGCGAGCCUGAACACUCAUAAGAGAAUACACACAGGAGAAACGCCUUACCCCUGUGCCCUAUGUGAAAAGAGAUUUUCAAGACCACAGGAACUAAAAUCACAUGAGAGGACACACACUGGGGAGAAACCAUACCACUGCUCCCAGUGUAAAAAGAGUUUUUCGCUGUUAGGGAGCCUGAACAAACAUAAUAGAAUCCACACCGGAGAAAAGCCUUACCACUGUGGCCAUUGUGGAAAGACAUUUUCACGAUCACAGGAUCUAAAAUCACAUGAGAGGACACACACAGGAGAAAAGCCUUACCCCUGUCCCCAUUGUGGAAAGAGAUUUUCACGAUCACAGGAACUAAAAUCACAUGAGAGGACACACACCGGGGAGAAACCUUAUCAUUGCUCCCUGUGUGGAAAGGAUUUUUCCCAUUUAGGGAGCCUGAACAAACAUAAGAAGACAAUGCACUCUUGAGUGAAGCCUUACCCAUGUUCCCAUUCCCAGGCUGUGUUCUGAUGAGUCACUGUGUUCUGAUGAGUCACUGUGUUCUGAUGAGUCACUGUGUUCUGAUGAGUCACUGUGUUCUGAAGAGUCACUGUGUUCUGACGAGUCACUGUGUUCUGAUGAGUCACUGUGUUCUGAUGAGUCACUGUGUUCUGAUGAGUCACUGUGUUCUGAUGAGUCACUGUGUUCUGACUGAUGUUUGACUGUUGUUUUAUGCCACAUUAAACCAUAUUGUUUAUAUUAAAUCUUAUUCAACAAUACGCCUGUUUUUCCUCUGGAGACAUGAUUAUAUCUAAAAUCAGAUUAUAAUUAUAUCUCAAAUCAGAUUAUAAUUAUAUCUCAAAUCAGAUUAUAAUUAUAUCUCAAAUCAGAUUAUAAUUAUAUCUCAAAUCAGAUUAUAAUUAUAUCUCAAAUCAGAUUAUGAUUAUAUCUCAAAUCAGAUUAUAAUUAUAUCUCAAAUCAGAUUAUGAUUAUAUCUCAAAUCAGAUUAUAAUUAUAUCUCAAAUCAGAUUAUAAUUAUAUCUCAAAUCAGAUUAUGAUUAUAUCUCAAAUCAGAUUAUAAUUAUAUCUCAAAUCAGAUUAUGAUUAUA